CUUUAUUGUUGUUGCAUUAUAUUUUUGCCAUUUGCAGGGCGAUUUUUAUCGUAUAUAAUAAAUAAAAUGUAAGCAGAUCAAAAUGCCACGAGUAGCCCCUAUGAGGAUUAGUGUUAGGGAUUGUUUAAUUUUGGUUUUAUUAGUAAUUUUUAACACAAUACAUAUUACUGAUAUGGCAAACAGUAAUAAUAUGGAACGUUCAAGCAAAGAAAGUAAAUUGAAGGAUACCAAUGAUAAGGGAGUGAGCUUCAGUGAAAAUGAAGAGUACUUAAAAAGUUGCUCAGGUAAUACGUCGGAUUGUUCGACGCUCCAGUACCCAUGCAUAGAAUGCCACCGGAACAACGACUGCCGAUAUGGCAGUAUGGAUAAUUACACAUGUGAAGUCAAGCCCAAAGUAUCUUGUAAUGGUCUAAAACAAUUCAACAGGACCGCAAUGUGCCGCUAUUGCUACCAAACUGACAAAUGGGAGCAUCGCUGUGAACAGAAAGCCAACUGCAACUCCCUUGCCUCUCCUCUCAAGUUUUAUGCGACCAAUUGCACAGUCUCUGAUGAUGUAAUCUGCCUUGGAAAGAGAAGAUUUUUGAAAAAGAUUCGCUGUUCAUGGACUGGAGGCACUCGCUGGGGUACCGCCCUUAUUCUAGCAUUGACUCUCGGAGGGUUUGGGGCAGACCGGUUCUAUUUAGGACACUGGCAGGAGGGAAUAGGGAAAUUGUUCAGUUUUGGAGGCCUUGGAGUUUGGACUCUUGUUGAUGCAUUGCUUAUUGGCAUUCACCAUUUAGGGCCAGCUGAUGGUUCUGUGUAUAUUUAGUCAUUAAGUAUGAAUAUGUAAGAGAAUCUGUGAAAUGAUGUUU